GCUCUGUAUGGUGUGCCACAGCACUGUUAGGGCAUCCUAGGGUUUGGAGCACCUGGUCUAGUGGUUGGUGUCCUUGCCUAAUGUAGCAGGGUUGGAAUGAGAUGAUCUUAAGGCCCCUCCCAACCCAAACCAUUCUAUGAUCCUACCAAGGGUGAUCUAAAGCAUACAGGACGGUUGGACUUAGGUCCUUUGCCUUUUUGGACACAAGCUAAACAAGGGAACUCUUGAAGAGAGUAAUAAUGGAUGGACGGAGCUCAUCAGAAGGCUUGCUUGAGGGACUGCCUCUGCUGAAGUGUGAAACAGUGUCUGUUACAUGUAUCCUGUUAUAGAGAAGACAGCAAAAUUGUGGAAAAUGGAAGUAAAUGUCUGUCUCCUAGUCCUCUGUUGGAGAAGGAUGGCCUUAAUUCAUGCUGAGUCACUGAGAGUCCCAGACACAAAGAUGAUACGCUUCAGCGUCAAUUGGUAAUGCAGCCUUUUAAGAUGCUGUAUGGAAACAGAAGAGGAAAUAAUAAUAAAGAGUUAUGUGAAAAGAUGAAGAGCUCUGGAAGCUGACCAACAACCAAGGAAAAAAAGAAACCACUGAGAUGUGGUUGGAUGACGCCUCAGGUGGAACAGACAGUGAAAGGACACGAACUGUGUGGUGGUGCAGCUGGAGGAAACAGACCUGUAGCAUUGGGCACGCUGUCAGUGAGGAGGUUGGAAUCCAGUUGGAACUGUGUUAAUGGCCAAAAGCAAAGAACAAGGGAAAUGAGUAGUUAGGGGACAGUGUUUUAUCACCAGGUAUAUUUAAUAUCAGAGAGCAGUGAAGGGAAGAGCUGUGGAAGUGUUUUAUUAAUUAAUUCAUUUAUUUUGAAAUCCUCCCUACGUUUGAGUUUAUGUGCUUUAUUCACUACUUUGGCAAGAGCACGAGUGCCACAGUGUCGGCAUCUGUUGAGUGUUACAGCCCCGAAGCAAAGAGAAGCCGUGGGAUAUGGCCACCCAGAUUUCCCUGAAUCAUCUCAGAUGUGCCCUUCUUGUACCCCAUCCUGGGUCUCUGCCAUGCACUGUAAUGCUGCUUCACCACGGUGAAAUCUGACGUCUGCCAAGUAUGGCAAUUGUGUGCACAAAAUAUAAGGCAUCUGUCAGGAAAUUUUUUCAAUAACAGUGAAAGUAAUAAUUGUAGCUCAUGAAUUAAACCUUCUAUUUCUGGUAUUCCAAGAGGGGAAGUGUACUGAUUACUAGUUCAAUUUCAGUAUGUUUGUUUAUUUAUUUAUUUGCCCAACUAAUCAAGCUGCUUGUGGCAUGAGAUCAGGAUUCACUGUGAACUUCUGAUAAGGCAAAUGGGAUGUGUUCAUCAUCCCUUGUAACCUCAGCCUUCUGCUACGUAGAUUUGUUCUGGGAGCACUGGCUUUGGUCCUCCCUCGUCCCCAGUUCUGAGCUACAUAGUUGACCCUCUUCUGCACUUCUUGCUUUUGUGCUAGUUUCUGUAAUAUUUUUUUCUCCCCAUCUGCUGUUUGAAUACCGUUCCAUCUUUCAUGUUCCUUUUCUCAGCGGUUACUUCUAAUAGCUUUUGCACCAAAGUUCUUUUCCUCUGUGCUGGAUCCAGCUAUUGCAACCAGGAAAGAAGGAGCUGAGUGGACGGAAUCAGCCUUUUGGAUAGGUGUGCUUUGAAGCACUUGGUCUGUUGAAAUUAGUUUUCUUUCUUAGGUUGCUGUUCCGCAAGUGCUUUCUGUUGUGUUUAGGCUGCCUACCAUGAAUAGCUCCACAAAUGUCAGCUGAAUAUCCGUGCCUGCUUGGUAUAUAUUGCAGGCUCUGGAGGGCAGAGCUACUGGUUGCAUGCUUCCCGUACAGUGCUAAGCAUCUCUUGCUAUUUAAAUCGUUCUGUAAGUAGAUAAGCAACAAAAUAGAUUACAGUACUAUCCACUGGGCCCUAAAAAUGAGCCACGAUUUUCUUCAGUUACAAUCCAGCUGUGAUGAUGUGAGGAUGUGAAAGUUUUUUGGGAAAAAUAUCUGAGAAAAUGAAGUAUGAAUGAAGUUCAGCAGUCCAGCAGUAUGCAAUUAUGCCCCAGUGAGGGCAAAAAAUAAGUUGUUUGGCAGUAUUAAAUAGUGAUUUUUUUGGGGUCUUGUCAAGCGUUGGGAAAUAUUUCUGUUGGAGAGUUUGUUAAUGGAAGGAUACCAAAGAGGUGUAGCUUUUGGAAAGCUCAGGUUGCAUAUCUUUUGUAAGUUUUCAUGUUACUCUUUGCACCGUGACUUAAACAAACAUUCCCUUGUCCUUUGCUGAAACUUUAUGCCACCCCAUCCAUAUGUUUUGCAUUUUAGCUGGGGAAAAAAAACACAGCACCAUCUGCUGCUGAAUUAAUUCAGGUUUCAUCAUAUCUGACUCGAUCAUCCGUAACUGAUAUUGCUUGGGGCAGGCUGGGAUCUGUGAUCUUGCUUUCUAGGAAAUAAACUUGCCUUUCCACUGCUCGUGAGGUAACCACAAACUCAUUCUUUCGUGGAGGGGAAAGAAAGCCUAGUCAGGCGUUUCCCUUCACGUUAUGUAUUCCUUGCCAAAAGAUGAAUGUGCCCUGAAUUACAACAAGACAAAACCCGACAAAAAGUGCUAUUAGUUUGUCCGUGGUUGCAGGUGGAUUGUGUUUUGAACUUAAGUAAAGCUUAUAGAAGACUUGGGAAUUUAGUUCACUUCGAAAAUCUGGUUUCCAUUUGGUGGCGUUUUCUUUGCUUAGAGAGCUAAAGGAAUGUCUGUGUGACAAUAUAAUCCCUGUUACUGAGCUCAAGGCUUCACCUUUUCCUUUUUUCUGUGCCACUCCUGUGAGUUCUUCUACAGUGGCUGAAUGACCCUUGUGCUUGGGAUCGACGGAGCCUCGCUCCCUCCCUCUGCUUUCCCUUUCUUUCCUCCAAGUGUUUCAUGGGUUCCCCUUGCUGCCCAGGCUGAGAUGGCUGCUGGAGUUCUCACUUUUCUCUUAAGUUGCGUGAUUAUUGAUAGGAAAUAAAGCUAUUUUAGGUGCAUUUUUUUUUAUCUGCUUAAGGAGAAGAUUCUCUAUUCUGUCAUAUCCGGGGCUGCUGGAGCAGAGGGUUUUUUUUGUUGUUGUUAUACUAAUUUAAUUCCCGUGUAAAGUACUUACAAGAAGUUAAAAGUAUUGUUUGAACUGGAGAACAAAAAAACUUAAUUAGAAAUCAAACACAAUCUGAACGAGUCCAGCAAGAGUAACUACAUGAGCUGUGCCUUUUUUCUCGUGUGCUCUUUCCCUUCUUCUCUAAAAUUAUUUUAAAUCUGUGCUCUUUUUCUUUCUGUUAUUACUUUCUUUUUUUUGUAGUUCUCUGUAUUACUUUCCAGUUUUCCCUGGUGAAACUUGGCUGAGAUAAAUGUCUGCCCCAGUGUGACUAAAGGCAGAAACUCAACCUUAUUUUUUUCCAACAAGUUCUUUAGUUUGAUGCAUUUACCAUAGCAACAACAUGCAAAUGGAGACCAGUGGAAGGGUUUUAAGGUCAGUGGCACAGUGUAGAUGUGUACUUUGAUGUGUAGAGAAGGUCUCUCCAGUAUAUUUUUAAAUGUUUGAAAAGUGAACCUGCUUGCAUUGCCUUUGAAAAUUCAUGAAAGGACAUACAUGUCUGAAACCUUGAAACCUUUCCAUCCUUGAAGCUGUUCUCGUUGGUUCUGAAAAUAGUAACUUUUUUCAACUGAUUCAUUUCGUGUGUGAUUAAAACUAGUUGUGUUUUUUUGUUUUUGUUUUUUUUUCUUUAUGACCUACAAGAGCCUUUCCAUGUGCUGUGGGAUCUGUUCUGAAGUGCUUGCUAUGGAGUCUAUGUAAUUGGGAUGGGUCAUAGGUGUUUACGGUGCUCAUCUGGUGGUGUUUACAUCCACACUUGCUGUUCCAUGUUCAGUCUCUGGCCAUAAGCUUUGCUGUCUACUCAGCAUCAGCCACAGCAUGAUUUUAACGAGAUUUAAACUUAACAACUGCUGGAAAUGGACCAGUUAAGCUGCUGAUUCAGAGCUAGCCACUGGAUUAGUGUAAAAUAUCUCCUGGAUAGACUCUGGGAAUCAGGAGUGAGGAGUGGGUACCAUUUGGUCCUUUUUGAUGUUGCCUUCAACAGAUUUGGUUAAGUCCACCAGUGCUGGAGUAAUUUAUUUUUGCUUGAAGAACUUUUUCUGAUCAGUUGACAAGUAUUAGGCUUGCUGUCUGGGACAGUGCACUCUUUAGGCAACUUUAGGAUUUAAUUCUACCAAGCAAAAAUGAAUGAUGCAUCCCUUGAGUUGGUGGAGUUCCAGCAAGGGAGGCUGAGAGCAACGAAACCUGCAUAAAAGUUUCUGAUAUUAUUGUUCUUCAUGCACAGUGACUUACAUACAUUCAAGUAGAAGAAUGAUUUUGGAAAUGAAUUCAAGAGUUUGUUUUCUCAUUGGUGGUGCUUGUAAUCGUACAGCUGCAUAGUUCAGAUGCUUACCUAGUACUUAACUUUUGCAGGACAUCGUAUGUUCAAUGCAGAUUCUAUAUAUACUUCAAGUACUCCAAGUUUCCUGAAAUGCUAUACAGUAGAUUGAAGGACUCUGACUUUUUUUUCUUUUUUCCCCUCCCCCUUCAUUUAUUUUCAACAUAAUCAGUCCUUUAAAACCAUCAAUAAAACACAGUUCUUAAGGUGGAUAAGAGUUAAAGGACAGCAGCAUGCUGUAGAGUGACGGUUCAGCUACAAGAGCUGAUAUAAGAUCAGACCCUGGAGGUGUUCAAGAAACGUUUGGACGUUGUGUUGAGGGACAUGGUUUAGUGAGAACUAUUGGUGAUGGGUGGAUGGUUGGACUGAGUGUGAUCCUGUGGGUCUUUUCCAACCUUAGUGAUUCUCUGAGAAAAGGAUAUAGCUAAUUGGACCAGGGAGAAAAUGUUUUUCUUUCAUGGGUCAUCUCAAAGUCUGGUGAUAACUCUUCUGCUGUAGCUUCUUUUAAUAAUGGAAAAUUUUGAUGAAACAGACUUCUGUGUGACUGAUCUAAUCUAGUCUGGGGUCUUGAGCAAAAGUCUUCCAUGUCUUGGGUUGAUGCCAUACCAUUUGGUUAUUGUCUUUGAUGGGGCUUCUGUGUUAUUUUGUUGGUGUGUCACUCUGAGUGGCUCAUCAUCCCAAGACCCUGGGGCUACUCAUCUUUCACUCACUAGUACUGGUCAAAUAGUUCUGCCAGCUGCAGCAGUUCCUCUUCUCUAGUUUGUGCUUGAUUCUGUCCAGAAUCUGUGCCUCUGUCUUUACCCUUAUGAGUCUGAGUGAUAUGAAGGUAUGUUUCUUUUAUUUAUCUUUUCUUUUUUCUAAUCUUCCUGUGCUCUGCUGGUGCUUCUGUUUUGUCAUCUCAGAAUUGUGUCUUAAGUUCCUAAGGCCAAAGAUACAGCUUUAAAGUGUAGUGAGCACUUAUAGAGUGAUAUAAAUAAUACAUAAUGUACUAUAACGAGAAAAGCAGCUGCUAGUAAAAGACCUUAGUCAUUACCUUCUGUGAAAAGUGUUACAACCAAAAACUUCUGUUUUGUUAAAGCACCCAUAUGGCUUUGUUUCCAUAACCCUCUCCCCAUCCCUACCCUGAAUUUUUUUUUUUUGGUGUGAAAAGAAUAGAAUAAAAAAAGCUAAUGCAAGACUCUGAUCCAUAGGAAAUGGCUGACUGAUCCUAAGCAAACAAUACUUUUCAUUGGUUUUUGCUCUGUAGCAGUUGUCCAGGUAAGGUGUCUUUCAGUCCUUUUUGAAUGUGUUCCUUUUGAAGUUUAAAUGUAAAAUCUUUAUUUCUAGGCUCUUGCUCUGUAAUGUGAUGCCUUUGAAUAUUGUGUUUUGUUUUUGUUGGUUUUUUUUUCCCCCCUAAGUAUUACCCAUACAUGUUAAUUUGAAGGCUGGUAUUACUGAUAUUUCCCAUGUUUUCUUUUUUUCUAGUUACAAUUAUAUCACAAGUGAAUGAUCUGUGCAUUUAAGAAAGGUUAAUUUGUUUAAUGAGAAAAAUAUUUGAAAUACAUUGAGGGCCAGCAAAUAUUUUCGUGCAGGGCUGAGGAAGAGUAAAUAUCAGAAUAUAUCUUUUCUACACAUAAGAGGAAAGAGAAGGGCUACCCUACUUACAGUUUGAAGUAGCAGCAGGUCAGAAAGAGGGCCACCUGUUCCAUCUGCAUUACCUGUAGUGAGAUUUACACUUCUGUCUGAUCUAAUCACCCAGCCCAUCAUUCAGGAGCAAUACAGAUCUGGGGUAGGAGUAAACCGCUAUUGACAGGUAAGCCAUCUAACAUUGAAGUACUCUGAUUUUAUAUGUAUAUAUAAAAGCUGAUUCUUCUCUCAUGGCCCAAGUGAUGUUGGCUGGUUAUCUAGUAAACCUGCUGUUUUGGCUUUGAAUUUUGAAGCUACCUGUAGGUCUGUUUCAUUAUAGCUGCUAGCAAAGUUUUUGGGGAACAGAUGGGCUUUCAUUGUUCAUGAAACGUCAACAAGUAAAGCCUUGCUAGGCCCAAAAGAGGAAUAAACAUUCUACAGUUGAGAGCCUCAGAUGAAAGUGCUUUGUUCUGUGCUGCUAGGCCUGAAAGAGGGCUGGCCCAUGCCAGGCUGAUUCUUCUAUUGAUUUUUAACUCUCAUGACUGCUGAACACUGAGAAUUUUUUGGAGGAGGUAGAGAGGGGUCUUAUAUCAAAUGGUGUUAGCCUACAUCUUGGGUGCUAGUUGACUGAAGGUAAAGGGCAAGUGCACUCUCUGCUGUUGUUAUAGACAAGUGAUUCUGAAUAAUAUAUACAAAUUAAUUAUGAAACGGAAGUUUUGUGGCCAAAAAAAGAAGAAAAUUAGACUUUACAGAAAAUGGAGUUUUUAUGCAAGGCACAAACUAAUCCAUACCCUGAUAAUGUCUUGGCUGAUGUCCAGUGUUCAGUUUCGGUUCAGUUCAAGAAAAGUGCAGACUAAUUAGAGGGAAUUGAGGAGAGAAGGAUGAUGACUGGGCAUCUAAAAAUAGGACUGGUUCCAUAAUGUGAGAUAUGAGAAGUGAAGAUUGCUAAGAGCUGUGUUUUGAAAUACCUAGAGUCAGAUGCAAAGUGGAAGGGAAUAAAUUAUUCUUUAUGUUCCAGCCAGGUUAACAGGCUUAACCUCCAGUAAGAAAAGACAGGAAGGAAGCAUUUGUCUGUUGUUAGGAUGGAUGUCCUGGAGCAGUUUGUGGAGAUGUAAAAUCGUCCAUAGGAGAGACUUCUAAAAACAAAUCAUACUGAUAUCUGUCAGGAAUUCUUUGGACAUAGAUGAUACUGGUACAGAAAGGUAGAGUGGGUGAGUAAUCUCUAUGACAUUUCCAUGUCUCUUCCAUCCCAAUUGCCUAGAGUUCCAUGAAGUUGCUUGUCCAUUUUCAAGGCCUGAAUUCAGUGCAGUUGAAUCAUAGAAUGGCUUGGGUUGGAAGAUAUCUCAAAGGUCAUCUAGUUCCAAUCCCCAUGCCACAGGCAGGAUUGCUGACUGCUAGAUCUAGCACUAAACCAGGCUGCCCAGGAUCCCAUCCAACCUGGCCUUGAACACCUUGAGGGAUGGAGCAUCCACGGUCUCUCUGGGCAGCCUGUUCCAGCACCUCACCACUCUCCCUGUGGAAAAACUUCCCCCUGACAUCUAGUCUAAAUCUUCCCUCCUUCAGUUUAAAACCAUUAUCCCUUGUGCUGUCACUAUCUAGCUGUGUAAAAAAAUUAAUUUCCCUCCUGUUUAUCAUCUCCCUUUAAAUAUCGGAAGGUUGGCAGGAGGUCUCCCUGGAGCCCAAUCUCCCUCACUCUGUCUUUCUGGGAGAGAUGUUCCAGCUCUCUUACAAUCCUCACGUCCCUCCUCAGGACGCUGUCCAAAAGCUCCACAUCUUUUCUGUUUCCUGAGGCCCCAGCCUUGAAUGCAGUGUUCCACAUGGUGCCUCAUGGAGGCAGAGUAGAGAGGGACCGUCACCCACCUCCCCUGCUGCUACCCCUCUUUUGAUGCAGCCCAGGAUAUGAUUGGCCUUCUAGACUGUGAGUGUGCAUUCCUGGCUCAUGUUAAGUUUUUCAUCUACCAGGACCCUUAAGUCCUUCUUGGCAGGGCUACUCUCAGGGAAUUCUCCUUGAGAAUAAUCCCAUUCAGAUGCCAUGGUAUGCUUGCAGAGAUGUGACAGUGUCCUUGUUAAUAGAAAAGCCUUGGAAAUUUGGAAGGGUAAGCUUAGACAAAUCUAGGUUUGGAGGAACCUUGGGAUGUCGUCUGAUCCAACCUCCUGCUCAAAGCAGUCUCAAAGCUAACUUUAGGGCAGGUUGCUCAGGGCUUUAUCAAGUUAUUAGGUAUUGGAAAAACCUUCAAAAUGGAGAUUGCUCCAUCUCUUGAAUAACCAAUACUUGACUGUCCUCAGGUGGACAUUUUUUUCCGUAUGCCAGGUUGAGAAGUCUCUUGCUUUGGUUUGUGACUGCUGUCUCUUGUUCUCCUGACUUCAGUAAGGGAGCUCAGUUCUGUCUUCUUGGUAAUCUUCUCAAGUAUUUGGAAGAGAACAGGCAAGGCCUAAAAGCCAGCAAGUUAUUGUAGGGUCUGUGUCUAUAGUCUGUUGGAAAGGGUGAGCUGCGUGGGAAGGGAACACAACCUCUUUGGAUGAGUUGUGAAUGUGAUGGGCAUAGUGAGGUCUUGGCAGACGGACAGUCAUACAGUGGUGGUGGUAAUAUGGCUGCUGUUGGGAGGUAAUGUGUUGUAAUUAGACACAGCAUGAAAUACUGGAGGGUUUUGUUUUGUUUUACAUGGCUAAUGGAUUCUUUUUGUUAUGAAGUUUAUUUCCCACCCACCAUCACUGCACCUCCAAUCUUGAAGAUCACUUGGUGGCAGAUGUGGUGUUGCUGCUGUGGAAGUCUUUGGAAUGUGAUUCAGCAAAGGAAUUAGACCACAGCUAGCCAAAGAGAAGAUUGAAGGAUGCCAUAUUUGUACGUCUGUUACACCUGGUGAGCCUCAAGUGUUCCUGGGAAAAGAUAAAGCCUUCACUUUUGAUUAUGUGUUUAACAUUGACUCACAGCAAGAAGAAAUCUAUAUACAGUGUAUAGAAAAACUGAUUGAAGGUUGCUUUGAAGGCUAUAAUGCAACUGUCUUUGCUUAUGGCCAGACAGGUGCUGGCAAAACAUACACCAUGGGCACUGGAUUUGAUGUCAACAUAACAGAAGAGGAACAGGGCAUCAUAUCACGUGCUGUUAAGCAUCUUUUUAGAUGUAUUGAAGAAAAGAAACAAGCUGCUAUUAAGCAAGGACUUCCACCUCCAGAUUUCAAAGUAAACGCACAGUUCCUUGAGCUUUACAAUGAAGAAAUUCUCGAUCUCUUUGAUACCACCCGUGAUAUUGAUGCAAAGAAUAAAAAAUCAAAUAUUAAAAUACACGAAGAUUCAGCUGGAGGAAUUUACACAGUGGGAGUUACAACCCGAACUGUGAAUGGAGAAUCAGAGAUGAUGCAGUGCUUGAAGCUGGGGGCUUUGUCUCGAACCACAGCCAGUACUCAGAUGAACGUUCAGAGCUCGCGGUCGCAUGCUAUCUUUACUAUACAUCUGUGUCAAACCAGAGUCUGUCCUGCUUUUAACACUGAUAACGCCACUGAUAACAGGAUAAUAUCUGAAUCUUCUGAGAUGAAUGAGUUUGAAACUCUUACUGCCAAGUUCCAUUUUGUUGACCUCGCUGGGUCUGAAAGGUUAAAGCGAACAGGAGCGACGGGAGAAAGGGCAAAAGAAGGCAUUUCCAUCAACUGUGGACUACUGGCACUUGGCAAUGUAAUAAGUGCACUGGGAGAUAAAAGUAAGAAGGCAACUCAUGUACCAUACAGAGAUUCGAAGCUUACAAGACUGCUUCAAGACUCACUUGGGGGAAACAGUCAAACACUCAUGAUAGCGUGUGUGAGCCCUUCAGAUCGAGACUUCAUGGAAACCUUGAACACAUUGAAGUAUGCGAAUCGGGCACGAAACAUCAAGAACAAGGUGAUGGUUAAUCAGGACAGGGCUAGUCAGCAAAUAAAUGCUUUGCGCAAUGAGAUUACACGGCUACAGAUGGAACUUAUGGAAUACAAAACAGGUAAAAGGAUUAUAGAUGAAGAAGGUGUUGAAAGCAUCAAUGACAUGUUUCAUGAAAACGCUAUGCUGCAAACAGAAAACAAUAAUCUGCGUGUUAGAAUUAAAGCCAUGCAAGAGACUAUUGAUGCACUGAGAGCCAGAGUAACGCAGCUUGUGAGUGAUCAGGCCAACCAAGUUCUAGCCAGAGCAGGAGAAGGAAACGAGGAAAUUAGCAACAUGAUUCAUAAUUAUAUCAAGGAAAUUGAAGAUCUCAGGGCAAAACUAUUAGAAAGUGAAGCAGUUAAUGAAAAUCUUCGGCGCAACUUGUCAAGAGCUUCAACAAGAUCCACAUACUUUGGUGGACCAUCAGCAUUUUCUAUGCUUUCUUCAGAAAAAGAGACACUGGAAAUUCUAGAUAUAGCCAAGAAAGAUCUAGAAAAGCUGAAAAAAAAAGAAAGAAAGAAGAAAAAAAGGCUACAGAAACUUGAGGAAAGCAGUCAAGAAGAAAGAAGUGUUAAAGAUGACAACACAGAUAAUGAGCAGGAGAAGAGAGAUGAAAAAGGCACUUCAGAGAGAGCAAAUAAUGAAUUGGAAGCAGAGGAAAUACAGGAAGCAAGUGAUCAUGAAGAUGAAGAAGAGGAAGAUGAUGAGGAUGAAGAUGACAUGGAAGUUGUUGAAAGCUCAGAUGAGUCAGAUUCCGACUCUGAUGAAAAAGAAAAUUAUCAAGCUGACUUGGCAAAUAUCACCUGUGAAAUAGCCAUUAAGCAGAAACUGAUAGAUGAGCUAGAGAACAGCCAGCGGAGAUUGCAGACACUGAAAAAGCAAUAUGAGGAGAAACUAAUGAUGCUACAACAUAAGAUUCGAGACACUCAGCUUGAAAGAGAUCAAGUUCUUCAAAACUUGGGUUCUGUAGAGACAUAUUCAGAAGAAAAGGCAAAAAAAAUCAAGUCAGAAUAUGAAAAGAAACUCCAAGCCAUGAAUAAAGAACUUCAGAGACUUCAAACAGCUCAAAAAGAACAUGCACGACUGCUUAAAAAUCAAUCUCAAUAUGAAAAGCAACUGAAGAAACUGCAGCAGGAGGUGACAGAGAUGAAGAAAACCAAGGUUCGCUUGAUGAAACAAAUGAAAGAAGAGCAGGAGAAAGCUAGAAUGACUGAAUCAAGAAGAAAUAGAGAGAUUGCACAGCUUAAAAAGGAACAACGCAAGAGAGAGCACCAGCUCAAGCUUCUGGAAGCUCAGAAAAGAAAUCAGGAAGUUAUCUUACGUCGCAAAACUGAAGAGGUCACAGCUCUUCGUCGGCAAGUCAGGCCUCUGUCUGAUAAAGUGGCAGGAAAAGUGAGUCGAAAGCUCAGUCUGCCUGAACAUCCUAUUCAAGAACCAAGUUCUAGCUCAUCGGUUGAGCACGAUGGGUCUAGGACAGCAGCACAGCAGAAGAUGAGAAUUCCUGUUGCAAGGGUUCAAGCAUUAUCUGUUACUGCAACAAAUGGAACAGGAAAGAAAUAUCAGCGAAAAGCAGUGACAAGCAGAGUUUACUCCUCAAGGGCAGCCAGGAUGAAGUGGCAGUUACUUGAACGCAGAGUCACUGAUAUCAUUAUGCAGAGGAUGACCAUUUCCAAUAUGGAGGCAGAUAUGAAUAGGUUACUUACGCAACGUGAAGAACUUACAAGAAGAAGGGAGAAGCUUUCAAAGAAAAGGGAGAAACUCAUCAAGGAUGGGGGUGGCAGUGAAGCAGAUAGAAAUGUCCAGAACAUAAAUGAAGAAAUGGAAUCACUAACUGCAAAUAUAGACUACAUUAAUGACAGCAUUUCUGACUGCCAAGCAAAUAUUAUGCAAAUGGAAGAAGCAAAGGAGGAAGGAGAGACCUUGGAUGUAACAGCAGUGAUAAAUGCUUGCACUUUGACAGAAGCUCGAUAUUUGCUUGAUCACUUCCUCACAAUGGGUAUCAAUAAGGGACUCCAAGCAGCUCAGAAGGAAGCUCAGAUUAAAGUUCUUGAGGGGCGCCUUAAGCAGACAGAAAUUACUAGUGCUACUCAAAACCAGCUGCUGUUUCAUAUGCUAAAAGAGAAAGCCGAGUUGAAUCCUGAACUUGAUGCUUUACUGGGUCAUGCUUUGCAAGACCUAGAUAGCAUACCACUGGAACAUUUGGAAGAUAGUACUGAUGAGGAUGCUCCAUUGCAUAGCCCUGGGACAGAAGGAAGUGCAUUAUCUUCGGAUCUUUUGAAGCUUUGUGGUGAAGUCAAACCCAAAAGCAAGGCCCGCCGGAGAACCACUACACAGAUGGAAUUGCUGUAUGCAGAUAGCAGCGAUUUAGUCUCUGACGUUAGUGCUGCAGAAUCUACUUUGCCUGGCCUUCCUGAAUCUGCCGCAGAAACCCAAGAAAGUGGGAUGACUGCUGACACAAAUGAUACUUCUGCUAGGGACAGAGAGUUUAUUCCCCCACCAACUGGCUUACCUUCUAAGAUAGGCAGCAUUUCUAGACAGCCGUCUUUGUCAGAGAAGAAGAUACCUGAACCUUCACCUUUAGCCAAGAGAAAAACAUAUGAGAAAACAAUGGAAAAGACAAAGGCAAAAGAUCAAAAACUCUCAGAUUCUGGAAUCCCAGAGGCUAGUCUGUCACCUCCUACUUCCCCACCAAGCCGGCCCCGUAAUGAAAUGAAUGUUUUUAGUCGUCUUACUGUUUCUCAGGGAAACACAUCAGUUCAGCAGGAUAAGGGGAUAAUUAACCCGUUUCCUGCUUCAAAAUGCAUCCGAACUUCCCCACUACAGUGUAUCUAUACAGCUGAAGGACAUGCCAAGCCUGUGCUUUGUGUGGAUGCGACAGAUGACCUUCUCUUCACUGGAUCCAAAGACCGUACCUGUAAAGUCUGGAAUCUGGUAACUGGACAAGAGAUUAUGUCUCUAGGGGGUCAUCCAAACAAUGUUGUUUCUAUAAAAUACUGCAACUACACAAGUUUGGUCUUCACAGUCUCAACCUCCUAUAUCAAAGUGUGGGACAUCAGAGAUUCUGCUAAGUGUGUUCGGACAUUGACGUCUUCAGGCCAGGCAAUGCCUGGUGAUGUGUGUUCGGGAAGUACAAACAGAACAGUCACUAUCCCAGCUGGAGAGAAUCAGAUUAAUCAGAUUGCACUAAAUCCAACUGGCACAUUCCUCUAUGCAGCUGCUGGAAAUUCAGUGAGGAUGUGGGACCUGAAAAGAUUUCAGUCUACAGGGAAGCUAACUGGUCACCUGGGUCCUGUCAUGUGCCUUACUGUGGAUCGAAUUUCCAAUGGACAGGAUCUUAUUGUCACUGGUUCAAAGGAUCAUUAUAUAAAGAUGUUUGAUGUAACUGAAGGGGCUCUUGGAAGUGUAAGUCCUACGCACAAUUUUGAACCUCCUCACUAUGAUGGCAUUGAAGCACUUGCUAUUAUGGGAGACAACCUCUUCAGUGGAUCCAGAGACAAUGGAAUUAAGAAAUGGGACUUGGCUCAGAAAGACCUUCUUCAGCAAGUUCCUAAUGCUCAUAAGGACUGGGUGUGCGCUCUGGGCCUGGUGCCUGGUGCUCCAGUUCUGCUCAGCGGCUGCAGAGGAGGAGCCCUCAAGCUCUGGAAUGUGGACACCUUUGCACCAAUUGGGGAGAUGAAGGGACACGACAGUCCUAUAAAUGCAAUCUGCACCAACUCCAGCCAGAUUUUUACAGCAUCAGAUGACAGAACUGUGAGGAUCUGGAAAGCUCGGAAUGUGAUAGAUGGACAGAUCUCCGAUGCAGGCGAUGCAAGUGAAGAUCUGGCCAGUAACUGAGAUGAUGGGCAUAAAUAAACACGUUGAUGAAGUUGAAGUGCAGUCUAUGCAGUUUGCUGCAUACUUGAUAAGUGAAUGCUGAUGACUGGAAUGAGCUGAAAAAUACGAGUGAACUCUUCUAUUAGACCUGCUGUCCUUAAAGUAUGUACUGUAUGUAGGGGGGAAAAAAAAACCCAAGGGUAGCAUCCUUGUAUCCCAGUGAUCAUGUACGUAUGUCUAUAUAUAAUGGCGGAAUUUGUGUGCACUUGUGUAACACUUGCAGUUUGAGUUAACUGGAAGUCAGUCUUCUCUAAUGACCAUCUCAAAAUUAUAACCAGGAAUAUAUUAAAAGAGUGCUCUGCUGUAUUUCACUCACAAGUAUGAUCAGCUGUAUUGCAUUUUAGGGUAGCAGGGGACUGAUGAUGUCCUAUUAAUAAGCCUUUGAUCAUGACAGACGUUGUUUCAAGAUUUUAAAGGUCACUUACCCUGUUGUUAAGGAAGUGAAGUGAAUAAAAGGUGGGAGGAAGCUGUUAGGGCAGAUCGUUCUGAUAUAACUGUGUCCUGCUACAGCAAACGCUAUAUGAUUUGUGUUAACGUCGGCCUAUAAUCCUUGUUGACCAAAGCUGUGCAGCUGUGUAUACUCUGUGCUCAGGACUAGAACUAAAAUGCUCAUAAACUUCUAUGUUUUAUUAGUGUUUUGCCUAUGAUCUGUAAUGACUGGAUGUUCUUAAUGUCAUCACAGAAGUAUACCUUAAUCUAUUUUUCUUAUGAAUUCGUUUCUAUCAUCUCACGUUUUCUUUUUUUUUAAAGCAAGGUAUCUUUCCUUUUUACCUAAUUUUAUAUGCUGCUAAAUGUAUUUUAAAUACACUGUUUUGCAAACCUUGGCAGUUACUUUGAGAACUGAACCACGUGUAUUGGAAAAGCUAUGUAAAUAGAUGGUUGUAUAAAGAAAAUAUCUUAUCAUGUGCCUGUACGACUUUUAAAGUUUCUAGAAUGUGGAUAUUGAGGGAGGAUGUAUAAUUUAGCCAACUGCUCUGAAUAUUAAUUUGUAAAUUCUGCAGAUUUUAAAAACUUAUGUAGAUUCAGAUGCAGUGUUUGGAUGUUGAGGUUUUUUGUUGUUGGUUGGUUUGUUUUGUUUUGUUUUUCCCCAGAAAAAAUAUGUCUGUAAAUUAUAGCUUGUGUAGGUAACACUUAAAUAAAGAUGUGAAUGUGAA